GGCGCCGCUGAGUACGAGCAGGCGGUGCAGAAACCUCGACAGAUCCUGUGUCAGUUCAUUGACAGGAUACUGACGGAUGUGGAUGUCGUCGCUCUGGGGCUGAACAAAAAGUCCAGUUCGGAGCCAGCCUGCGUGAUGCUUCUGGACUUUGUGCAGCAUAUAGUCAAAUCCUCGUCUCUGAUGUUCGCCAACCCUGCCUGCCAGCCUGCCGAGUAUCCAGACACCACACAGAGCUGCAAUGACUUCAGUAAGUGGGUGGCCGUGCGUCUGCUUCGCGUGGCAGCAGCUCCGGACUGUGACGUCAUCCACGUCCGCGUCUCUGCUGUGCUGUGCUCUCUGCUUCACACGCUGAGAGUCAGAGCACCGUUCAUCUUCAGCCACAUCACCCAGGAACUCGUCUAUCUGGCCCGGGACCUGGGAAACACCCUGUACGCCCACGUGGUCACACUCGCCGGACAGGGACACUCUGCGGGUGUGCACACACAGAACCGCUGGCCUGUCACACUCGAGUGCUUCGGUGUCUCCCCUGGUUGCGCCUCCUCGUACCUCACCCCCUCUCCUCUCGUGCUCUCCUCGCCUGCCGCGCUGGAGACGCUGACUGCCGUCACGCUGGGCAUCAUCACCGACGCCCUCAGGGGUGUGGUUUCCCGCCGUGACCUGAGUGCAGCUUGGGAGACGGCUUGCUCCGUCCUCGCCAACGGAAACACCAGGCUGAGGAAGCUCUCCAUGGAGAUGCUGAGGCGACUGGUGGAGCUGGGAGGGUUUCCUGAGAGGCUAGGCCCUGAGUUCUUCACCGCCUACCAUCAGCUGCUGGAAACACACGCGACCGCAGACACCGGCUCCGAUGAGAAACAACCCUAUGAAGGGGAGCUGCUGCACCUGACUCGCCGUGUGUUUCAGGCGCCCGCUGCCUCUCACACACACUUUGAGCCCAUCUAUCUCUCGCAGAUGUUUGAGUGUGUGUGCAGUCUUGGAGGAACAGGCGUCACGUUAGGGACAGAGGUGACUGAAUCUCUGUGUCUGCUGUUCAGCUUCUUGCUGUCUGUUGCCCCGGUUUAUGAGGGGGCUGCGUCAUUAAGGAGGCAGCGAGUCACGGAGGUGUGCAGGAUGCUGGCACGCACCGUCGGGACAGAAAAUCAAGCUGAAUGCGCGGAGGGAUUCCUCCGAGCCGCACUAAAGGCGGAGACGGCUCUGGUGAUGCAGAAGUCCGGAGAUGGAGAGUCCACUGCCAAGAAAUCCUGCAAAUCAGCCAUCAGCUCUUUCGGAAAACCAACAAAAACAUCCUCAGCGGAGCUUGACAUGCGUGUCCAGAGCGAGGUGUGGGCGGUGGUGAACAGUCGGAUGGAGGAGCUGCUGACGCUUCUGAACUCGGACUCGGCUGAACCUGAGACCCAUCAGACUCUCUGUGCUCUGGAGGGUCUCGCCCUCACCCUCCACCUGGCAGCCCUCUGCUCCUCGCCCACCAGCUCCUCUCCUCCACUCUGGGUGUCCUCUGAGACUCUGGGCCGAGCUCUGAAGAGCUGUCAGUCAGUGUUAGAAGGAGGCUCUCAACCCGUCACAAGCCAGAAGUACUUUCAGUCUGCUGUCCAGACGACUGUCCAGGUCCUGGACUCUAUCGUGUUCCUUAAGAUGAGCAGUCAGAGUGAGGACGGACUCCAGCGGCGUGUGUGUGCUCUGUUAUCACUUCCCUGGGUGUGUGAGAACAAGUCUGUCUCUGCCUACAAGGGUUCAGGAUUCCCCUCCUGGCUUUCUGCCAUGGCUCAGAGACUGAGCUUCUGUUACUCACCUGAGGUCCAGGUGGACUGUGUGUCGCUCCUGGGCGUCCUGCACCGCGGUGUGUGUGAGACAUGGCGCGUGUGUGUGUUUUCCAAGGCGCUGCAGAGUCCAGAGGAGGUGGUGAGAGCGACAGCAGUCAGGGCCUUCCCUCUCCUGCUUCACCACCUAGGAAACACGCAUCACCACCUCAUCAGCAGUUCUCUGCUUUCCAGGUUAGACGACAGUUCGGAGCAGGUGAGGACGGAGCUUGCCCGGAUCAUUGGUCAGCUGAGCUGCAUCCAAGCAGAUCUCUCCAUGCUCAGUGACACUCAGGUGGCGUCCUCCUGUCUCCCCAAAAACCUUUGUCUCCGCCUCAGCCUCGCAGCAGAGCAUGCUGGGAAUUCUUGUCCAUCCCUCAAAGCAACUUUUAUCAGACCCUUUCUGCCAUUGCUAAGAGAGCAAUCUCCAAGUAGUGUCAAACAAGCUUUCCUAGAAGCUCUGCCUCAUCUCUGCCAACAUGUGAAUCUGAUUGGUGGAGACAGCGACUCUGGUGCAGUUCUCUGUGCUCUGAUUGGUCUGAUGGAGGACAAGGAUCCAGUGGUCAGAAUACACUUCAGCCAAUCAGUGUGUUUCCUGCUGACAGAGAGCAGCAGAAACUCAGAGCAGAGUUCUCUGAAUGAGCUCCUGGUUGCUCGUCUUAAGGAAGCAUUCAACAACGCGAAACUCAACAGAGACGAUGACCUGCGCAACACUCUCAUCCUGACCACCGGAGAGAUUGGCAGAGCCUCUCAGGGCAGUUUGGUGUCGUUCUCUCUGCUGCGGCUGCUUCACUGUCUGCUCUCCAAGUCGUCCCCGGUGUCUGUGGCCGCUUACGCUCAGAUCAGAGCUCUGGCCACUGCCAAAGGCCUUAAACUGCAAACUCUCUUCAGUCAGUACAAGAACCCUAUUUGCCAGUUCCUGGUAGAGUCGUUGCACUCGCGUCAUGCAGCGGCCCUGCGGAGCACGCCUGACCAGGGCAGCGAGUCAGCCAAUCAGAAAGAGCUGGCCCUGGACAUCCUGGCUCAGAUCGCCCACGCCUUUGACUUCCCAGACCUCCACCGCUUCCUCACUCGGACGCUCCAGGUGCUGCUGCCCUACCUGGCAGCUAAGGCGAGCUCUACAGGCUCCGCCCUCAUCCGUACAUUGGCCAAUGAGCUAAAAGCGAACAGGAGAGAGAUCCUGAUCAACAACUUCAAAUACAUCUUCAGUCAUCUGGUGUGUUCCUGCACCAAGGAGGAGCUGGAGAGGGCUUUCCACUACCUACAGAGUGAGACAGAGAUUGAACUGGGCUCUCUGCUCAGACAGGACUUCCAGGGUCUCCACAACGAGCUGCUGCUGCGUCUGGGAGAGCACUACCAGCAGGUAUUUAAUGGUCUGGCAAUCCUGGCGUCCUUUGCAACCAACGAAGACCCGUACCAGGGUCCCCGAGACAUCACUACCCCAGAACGCAUGGCGGAUUACCUUCAGCCAAAGCUGCUGGGAAUUCUUGCCUUUUUCAACAUGCAGCUGCUCAGCUCCAGUGCAGGAGAGAAGGAUCGCAAAAAGCUGGCUUUGACGAGCGUGAUGGCUCUGAUGCGACUCAUGGGCUCCAAACACAUCAGCUCUGUCAGAGUGAAGAUGAUGACGACGCUCCGCACCAGCCUCCGAUACAGAGAGGACUUCCCUCUGCUCUGCUGCCAGACGUGGGAUUGUUUCGUGAGGAGUGUGGAGCCUGCACACCUGGGUCCUCUACUGAGUCAUGUCAUCGUUGCUCUCCUUCCACUGAUUCCUCUGCAGCCAAAAGAAACGGCUGCUAUUGUCCGCUUCCUCAUCAUGGACCACAGGGAAGAAGUCAGCGACUACCUCCAUGAGAUUUACUUUCUACCAGAUCACCCAGAGUUAAAGGACAUCCACGGUGUGCUGCAGGAUUACAAGAAGCUGACAGCCAGCAGCAGUGACCUGGUGGCAGCUCUGCAGCUCUCGAUGAGAGCCGUCCAACAUGAUAACGUCGACGUCAGGAUUCACGCACUCACAAGUCUCCGGGAUAUGAUGCACAGUGAUCAGGAGUGUCUGCUGCGGCAGGUGUGUGCGAGCGAGGCGGUGGAGCCAGUCAUCUCCAGCUUGGUGUCGGUGCUGCUGAAGGGCUGCCAGGACUCGUCCCCAGAGGCUCGGCUCCUCUGUGGGGAGUGUCUCGGGGAGCUGGGGGCGGUGGACCCAGGACGUCUGGACCUGUCUCAAACACACACCCAUGGCGACCGCAACACAUUUACGAGUGGAGUCGAGGAUCUCAACUUUGCCCACGACCUGCUGACGGAACUCACCAGAACUUUCCUGGCUUAUGCUGAUGACGUCAGAGCUCAGGACUCUGCUGCUUAUGCAAUUCAGGAGCUGCUGUCCAUCUUUGAAUGUCGUGAGGGACGGAACGACUCUCCGGGUCGUCGUCUGUGGAGGAGAUUCCCAGAGCAGAUCCAAGAAAUACUGGAACCUCACCUCAACAGCAGAUAUAAAAGCAGCCAGAAGGAGGUGAACUGGUCUAAGCUGAAGAAACCAGUUUACUUAAGUAGCAGAGGCAGCAAGUUCUCUGAUUGGUCGGCCACCUGGGCUGGAUAUCUCAUCAGCAAGGUCAGACAUGAAAUGGCCGGUAAGGUGUUCAGCUGCUGUCGCUUCAUCAUUAAGCACGACUACAAGGUCACAAUCUACCUGCUGCCUCACGUUCUGCUCUACAUGCUGCUAGGCUGCACACCUGCAGAGCAACUGGAGGUAACGGAGGAGAUGCUGGCCGUACUGACGGAGGGUGAUGGUCGAGGGAGGGUGUGUGUCCAGGAGACGGCCUCGAGCCUAUCACAGCUCAGCAUUCAGACUGUGUUCAGUAUGCUGUCUCACCUCACUCAAUGGAGCCGCCACAUCCUCUACUCCAAACCAAAACACAACGAGAGUGGGGAUUAUCAGCGUGUGGUGGCCUUCCUGAAGGGUAUUCCACAGGACGUCCUGGCGAAGGCCUCUCUGCGAUCCAAAGCCUACACUCGUGCCCUCAUGCACUUUGAAGCUUACAUCCUUGAAAACAAGGAGAACAUCCAGGACCAUCUCACCUUCCUGCAGACACUUUAUGCUGCGAUGCAUGAGCCCGAUGGAGUGAGGGGGGUCAACGCCCUGAGGAGGGAGGAGCCGUCACUCCGGGAACAGAUACUGGAGCAUGAGAGCAUCGGGCUGCUCCGAGACGCCACCGCCUGCUACGACAGGGCUAUACAACUGGAGUCGGAUCAGAUUGGUCACUAUCACGGGGUUAUGACCUCUAUGCUCGGCCUGGGUCAGUUGUCCACAGUCAUCACUCAGGUUAAUGGAGUACUGGCCAACAAGCAGCAGUGGAAGUCGGAGCUGAACACUUACAGAGUGGAGGCAGCCUGGAAGCUCGGCAAAUGGGACCUGCUGGAGGAUUACUUACCUUCAAGUGAGAGAAAAGACCGUCACUCCAGUACGUGGGGCGUGCGGCUCGGCCAGCUGCUGUUGUCGGCUAAGAAGCAGGAUGCCGAGACUUUCUACGAGAAGCUGAAGCUUGUGAGGAAGGAACAGGUCGUCCCUCUGUCUGCAGCCAGCUAUGAGUGUGGAACCUAUCAGAGAGGAUAUGAGUAUCUUGUCAGGCUCCACAUGCUGAGUGAGUUGGAGCACACUUUUACUGAGCUGCAGAAACAGAGGGAACACUCUGCCCCCAGUCUCAGCCAGCUGCCUCCCCAUUGGUCAGAUCGUCUGGAGAUGACCCAGAAUUCCUUUCGGGCCAAGGAGCCAAUCCUGGCUUUCCGUCGUGCUCUGCUCAGCCUGGGAUCAGAAUCUGUGUGUAAGGAGCUGGUCGGCGAGUGCUGGCUCCAAAGUGCCCGAGUGGCCAGGAAGGCAGGACACCACCAGACGGCCUUCAACGCUCUUCUGAACGCAGAGAACACACAUCUGGCCGAGCUUGUUACCGAGAAGGCCAAGUGGCUUUGGUCCAAGGGCGAUGUGCACCAGGCUCUGAUCGUCCUGCAAAAGGGAGUGGACCAGUGUUUUCCCGAAGACGAGUCCCUCACAGACCCCCGCAUCCUGCAGACCAAAGGCAAGGCCAUGCUGCUGGUGGGACGCUUCAUGGAGGAGACGGCCAACUUCGAGUCCAACGCCAUCAUGAAGGCGUAUAAGGAUGUGACAAACCUUCUGCCUGAGUGGGAGGAUGGAAACUUCUACCUCGCCAAAUACUAUGACAAAGUGAUGCCGAUGGUGACUGACAACAAGCUGGAGAAACAGGGGAACCUGAUCCGAUACAUUGUCACAUACUUUGGAAAAGCUUUGCAGUUUGGAAACCAGUACAUCUACCAGGCCAUGCCCCGCAUGUUGUCUCUCUGGUUGGACUUUGGUGCCAAAGUGUGUGAAUGUGAGAAAGCGGGCCGAGCAGACAGACAGAUGCGACAGGAGCUGAGUAAAAUCAACGCAGCGGUGAGCGAGCACUGUGCCAACCUGGCGCCGUACCAAUUCUUGACCGCCUUCUCGCAGCUUAUUUCCCGGGUGUGUCACUCCAGUGACGAGGUCUUCACUGUCCUCAUCGCGAUCGUGGCCAAAGUCUUCCUGGCGUACCCCCAGCAGGCCAUGUGGCUAAUGACUGCUGUGUCCAAGUCUUCCUACCCCAUGCGUAUGAACCGCUGUAAUCAGAUUCUUAAAAAAGCGAUCAGUCUCAAAAAGUCGCUGGAGAAGUUCAUUGGAGACGCAAACAGACUAUCUGACAAGCUGCUGGAGCUCUGCAACAAGCCGGUGGACGGUAACUGCACCACCCUCACCAUGGGCGUCCACUUCAAGCAGCUGAAACGUCUGGUGGAGGAGCCGACCUUCAGCCAGAUUCUGAUCCCACUGCAGUCGGUGCUCAUCCCCACGCUGCCCUCGACGGGAGGAACCAACACGCAGCACGACGCCUUCCCCGGACACUGGGCCUACCUGGACGGCUUUGAAGACGCUGUGGAGAUCUUGGCGUCCUUACAGAAGCCUAAGAAGAUCAGCCUGAAGGGGUCGGACGGGCGCAGCUACACCAUGAUGUGUAAACCCAAAGACGAUCUGAGGAAGGACUGCAGACUCAUGGAGUUCAACUGCCUCAUCAACAAGUGCCUUCGCAAAGAUGCUGAGUCGAGGCGCAGGGAGCUGCACAUCUGUACCUACGCCGUGAUUCCCCUCAAUGAGGAGUGUGGCAUCAUCGAAUGGGUCAACAACACGGCUGGACUUCGACACAUCCUCACCAAACUGUAUAAGGAGAGAGGUAUCAACUUGUCAGGUAAAGAGCUCAGGAAGCUCAUUCUGCCAAAGGCGACUCCCUUUCAGGAGAAGCUCCGCGUCCACAAGGAGGUACUGUGUGCUCGGCACCCCCCUGUCUUCCACGAGUGGUUUCUGAGGACCUUCCCGGACCCCACGUCAUGGUACAGCAGUCGCUCCGCGUACUGCCGCUCCACUGCCGUGAUGUCCAUGGUGGGAUACAUCCUGGGUCUGGGAGAUCGCCACGGAGAAAAUAUCCUGUUUGACGCUUUCACUGGGGAAUGUGUUCACGUGGACUUCAACUGCCUCUUUAACAAGGGGGAGACAUUUGAUGUGCCUGAGGUUGUUCCCUUCCGUCUGACCCAAAACAUGGUCCACGCUAUGGGACCCAUGGGCACCGAAGGCCUCUUCAGACAAGCCUGCGAGGUCACACUCAGGCUGAUGAGGGACCAGAGGGAGCCGCUCAUGAGUGUGCUCAAGACCUUCCUUCAUGACCCGCUGGUGGAGUGGAGCAAACAAGCAAAAGGACUUUCCAAAGCUCAGGCCAACGAGACUGGAGAGAUAGUUAAUGAAAAGGCUAAAACCCACGUGUGUGACAUCGACCAGCGUCUGCAGGGGGUGAUAAAGAGCAGGAACAAAGUGCUGGGUCUGCCUCUGUCCAUAGAGGGACACGUCCACUACCUCAUACAGGAAGCUACAGACGACAAACUGCUGUGUCAGAUGUAUCUGGGUUGGGGGCCCUACCUGUAGAACACACAUCUACAUUCACGAAAUGUAAGGGCAGCAUUUUGAAGACAGAUCGGGAGAAUUAAGGAUUCUUUUCUGUGAUUAAAUGCCUGUAAGUGCUAAUAUGUAUUUACACAUAUGUUUUGCAAUAAGAGUUAAAUAUUCCCCGCGUUAAAGUUUCCUGUUUUCUGGAAACACAAUAUCUUUGUUGCACUCCUGUACAGUCUAUUGUAAUAAAAUACAUGUUUUCCU